AUGCAUAUAUAUAUGCCCAUACCAUCCGCUCUGCUUGAGAAAGCGAGAGAGAACAAAUUGACAUUCGAUAUCUAUUUCGCGAAGCAAGCAGCAUUUCCAAUCCCUAUCCCCCCGGACCGUCCCGUUCAACCGAGCCUCGGAAAGAUGAAUAUCAAAAGGUUCCACCUCCUGAAUAUCCCGCUCUUGCUAGUCAACGUCGCGAACUGCUUGACCGUUACAUGUGACACCGGUGGCAACUUGGUCCUGACAUCCGACUACGAAGUCCUCUCCAACGACAUCCUGAGCAACAACUUCAAUCCUCCCCUUUCCGAUCCCAUCAAGCUCGGUCCCACACAAGAACAACCGUUUCCGAGAAUUGGAACCGCGGGAGCUUGCCUCCACAACGACUUCCUGUUCCGAAGCGCCAGCAUCGCCCUGAGCGACGUGCAGGCCGCAGCGGCGGCGAUCUUUUCUCAAUGCUUCUUGGUUCCCGGGUUGACGGUAGCAACUGGCGGACAGGCUACUCUGACUUCGAACGAUGGCAGUGGGAUCACUGUCAUUUUCGAGGUCGGGCCGCCUGCUCUGAUAUGUUAAGUGGCGCUAGACCUGAAUGUGUCCAGGGUUGAAAGAGGAGGCGUAGGUGACGCUGCAAGAUCGGACAGUUUCGAAAUCAGCUUUUUGAUUAGUGAAAACACGAGCAAGAGACAUGUACAUAACUUGAGCAACAUCGUGACUCUGCACACCUUUCCGCACGUUGUCCCCGUCUUCACCGCAGUGGCAUAGAUGGUAAUAACACAGAUAGCU